AUGCGCGCGGCGUCCGCGGCGCCGCGCGUCGCGCCCGCCGCGGCGCCGGCGGCGCGCGCGCGUGAAGCGGGGGCGAUAUGCGCGCGGCGAGGCGCGCGUCGCGCCGCGGCGAUGUGCGCGCGCGCGUCGACGCGCGCGGAGACGGCUGCGGACGACGAUGUUGGUUUCUUCGUCGGAGGACCGAAGAAGAAAUGCAGAAACGACCGUCGAACGCCGCGUCGGCUCGUGCGCUGGGCCGCGGCGCCUCGCGAGGACGACGCCGCGACGCCCGCGGUCGCGACGCGUCGCGAGGACCGACGCGGACGAACGCGCCUUCGCGCGGGCGCGAGGGACGACGUCGCGCGCCGCGAGGCGUCCCCAGAUCCCGCCGUCGUCGCACCAGAGCUCGCGGGGAGUAGUACUCGUGACGACGCGGACGACGACGCGGACGCGGACGACGACGGCGGCGGAUGGUUCGCGUGGACGAAACGAUGGAGCCUGGGCGAUUCCGACGAGUCCGACGACGACGACGCCGACGCGCGCGUCGCCGAGGACGGAAGAGACGCGACGGCGAACGGAGACGAACGAACGACGGACGUCUUCGCCGCGAGGGUCCCGCUGCCCCCGUGGCUGAAAGCGCAGGCGAGCCGCGUCUUGCGCGGCGUCCUCAUCGGCGACGAACGCGGCGACGGCGACGACGCGUCGAUCGACGACGACGCGUCAGUAGUCGCGUCCGACGACGAUUCGGAUUCGCGCGACGAUUCGGAUUCGCGCGACGAAGCGUCGUCCUCCGCCGCCGCGUUCGACGACGCCGCGUUCGCCGACGCGUUCGCCGACGGCGGCGACGCGUCGAGUUCGGCGUCGUGGGUGACCAAAUCUCUGGACGCGUCCAACGACCUCGCCGUGCGCGCGACGGAGCUCGCGAUCGGAAAGCUCGACGCCGCGCUCGCGGCGGUCGACGCGCGCGAGGCGGCGGCGGCGGCGGCGGGGGGGGCGGACGUCGCGCAGGACGAUCUCUUCGCCGCCGCCGCCGCCGCGGGGCGGACGGCCACCGCGCUGCCCGGCGUUGACGACGACGCGAAUGAAAAAGAUGGCGGAGAUUCUGAAGAUCGAAUCAACCCCAACUCGAACGAUCCGCAGCGGCUCCGCGAGCUUCAGACGGCGCUCGAGACGGCCAAGGUGAAAGCGCGCGAGGCGGCGGAGGCGAAGGACGCGCUGCGCGACGCGGUCGGGGAGGUGGCGCGCGCGCGCGCGGAGGCUGAGCGCGCGACCGAGGACGUCGACGCGUCGCGACGGCUGGCGACCAAGACGGCGUUGUUUCGCGCCGGCGAGAAACUCAUAGACGCGUCGCGGCGGUCGCAAUCCGCGGUGAAAGCCGCGGGGCUGGGCGUCGCGAACGCCGUCGACCUCGGCGCGACGCGAUGGGGCCUGAAACCCGAACCGCCGCGAGGGGGCGACAGUUCCAACUCCAUCCUCUUCAACGGCGACGACGAGACGGACGAGACGUGGACGCUCGGGGAAGGACGCGGCGGCGUCGGGCGGUGGCGCGGCGGCGUCGUCACCGUCGCGCGCGACGUCACCGGCGCCAUCGCGCUCUCCGACACGAUGGCGCGGAUCACGGAGUGGAGCGCGUCGUCCGCCGCGAGCGUCACGAAGCUGUUCAGCACGGAAAGCGAGGUGGCGGACGCGAGCGAAAGGAAGCCGCUGACGGCGUCCGAGGCGGGCGCGUUGAUUCAGCCGGCGCUGCGAAAGGUUGUGGCGUCGUCGCUCGAGCCCGCGAGCGCGGUCGACCUCAGGGAGGCGCGCAUGGCGUGCGCGCUCGCGGCGUGGAUAUACUACCUGCCGCGCAUGCACCGAUCGCUGAAGCGGCACGGACUCCGAUUGGUGGUGUCGUCGUUGGACGACGAGAUUGAACGCGGCGGCGUGGGGCGCGCGAAGAAGAAGAGCAACGGCGAAAAGUAUGAAAAGUCGCCGCCGUCGAAGGCGAAGUCCAAGAACGACGCGAACGUCGCCGACGCGCCCGGCGGCGUCUAUGAAAACAACGCCGACGAUGACGACCUCCUCGACGCCGCGACCGACGAGGAGAUCGCCGCGACGCGGCGCGCGAUGGCCGCCGCGGACGCCGCGAUCGAGGAGCUCUCGAGGGCGUCCGAGCUGCGCUCGCGAGGCGGCGACGACGCGGGAAGCUCGCUGGAAGCCGCGCGCGAGGCGGCGAAGCACGCGCAGACGGCCGCGGCGCAGCUCGAAGACGUGCGCGCGAACGCGGAGGCGCGAAGGAGGAAGUCAAAAUCAUCGAAAUCGAAGCAGCGCGGCGAUAGACCCGGGAACGUCGUCGAGGAGCUCGCGAGAGCGCUCGAGACGGCGGACGCGAGCGGCGACGGCGAAAAUAAAGGUUUUGGUUUUGGCGGCGCCAAAACCAAAACCGCCGGAUCAUCCGGAUCCCCCGGGGGGGAAUCGCAGUCGCUCCCGGUGAACUUCUGCGUCGCCGCGGACGACGCGCACGGCCACCUCUGGGUCGUCGUCGAGGGCAGCACGUCUCUGGCGUCGUGGCAGACGAACUUCACGUUCCAGCCGACGACGUUCGAGGAUGCCGCGCUCGACGUCCGCGUGCACAGAGGGUCCUACGCCGCCGCGUGCGACAUUUACGCGCGCGUCGAGGACGUCGUGCGUCGCCACGUGGCAACACACGGACCAAACGCGAAAAUCCACGUCACCGGGCACUCCAUCGGCGGGUCCAUCGCGACCAUCAUCGCCCUGCAGCUCGUGCUGCGGAACGUCGCGCCGAGGGAGAGCAUGCGAGACGUGUGGACGUUCGGGUCGCCGUACGUCUUGUGCGGCGGCGACGCGUUGCUCGCGCGGUUGGGGCUCCCGCGGACGUUCUUGCGGAGCGUCACGAUGGGGAAAGACCUCGUCCCUCGGUCGUUCAGCUGCUACUACCCGCAGUGGGCGAGGAAGAUGUUGGAGUCCGCCCCCGGCGCGUUCAAGGUGCCGCUCGGGGAGCAGCCGAGCUUUCUCGAGGAGGAGAUGUUCUACGCGCCGAUGGGCGACAUGCUCCUCUUGCAGGCGCGUGUUCGUGUUGUUGCCUGCCACGUGUCGCUUCCUGCCACGUGUCGAUCAUCGAGAGAUGCGCUUCUUCGCUCCCCUCGCGCGUCGUCGACCGCGCGUUCGUUAUCGUAUCGUAUCGUAUUUCCCACACACGCUGACACGCCGAACGCUUCCAACCCGCAGGCGAUGCACGGCAGCGCGCACCCGCUCUUACCCCCCGGCCCCGGGUUAUACGCGCUCGCCGGGGAGGGGCUGUACGAGAUGCUCGCGGACCGCGUCGCCGGCGAGGGGUCCCUCGGCGAGGGCGACGAGGAGACGUGGCUGGACAGGAAGCCGGGCGGCGGGAUCGUCGGCGCGAGGGAGUGGUGGGGCGACGGCGCGGAGGAGGAGAGCAGCAGCGACGAGAGCGGCGGCUCGUCCGACGACGACGACGGCGACGGAUCGGGGGGCCCCGGGCGAAUCCUCUCCCCGUCCGUCUUGUUCGCGCCGCGGACGCGCGUCCCGGGGAAUCGCGACGACGGACGCUCGGACGCCUCGGACGCCGCGAAAAAAUCAAAGAAGUCGCGCAAAAGAAGGAAGAAGCGCCGCGGCGCCAAGAGGCUCGACGACGGCGCCGACGCGCGACAGCUGAACCGCCUCGCGUGCCUGACGCAGUCCGACGCCGCGCUCACCGCGUCGCUGCUGCUCGGCAGCGUCGACAGCGACGCGAUACGCGCGUUCUCGAAUUCGUCGUCGCAGAACCCGAACGACGACGCGUCGACAGCGGACGAUCAAAUCGCGGCGCUGUUACAGGAGAGAGGCCGCGACGCGGCGCAACGCGUGUUGUUGAACACGCCGCACCCGCUCACGGUGUUAUCCGACCCUCGCGCGUACGGCAACCGAGGGUCGAUCUCGCGGCAUCACAACCCGUUCAACUACAUGCGCGCGCUGGGGAAGGCGCGGCGGGAGUGGUACGAGGUUGGCGCGGAGUUCGAGGAGGAGGAGGAGGAGGAGGAGGAGGAGGACGCGGCGUGGUACGCGAGGUAG